AACACGCCCGACAGUUUUGCCGCAGUACGACAUCAGCUUUUCGUUGAAUCGAGCGAAUGAGUGGUUUCAGGAGAGGUAGGAAGGAGUGGAGUAGAAAAAUUUAGAUAUCUUUGGACAAAAACUGAAUCAAUUUACAAAAGACUGAUUCGUGACUAUGCAAAAUGAUUGGUAAUUCUUUGCCAUAAGACAAAUUUAUUCGUACAUGAUUUUAUUUUAAUUUAUUUUUUGGUUUAAAAAUAGAUCGGAAGAAAUGAUCAGCGGCUUGCGAACAGCCAAUGUAUGGCUCGCGCGGCUGAGAAUUCAACUUUCUGCUCAUAUCAUAUAUUGUUCUCUUAUGUCUAUCAAAUCCAUAAGAACCAUUCAUACAACACAGACAGUUACCCCAGAAUCAGAGCUGAUUACUCCUCAUUUAAGUUGGUACAAAGGUCGAAAUCAAAAACAGAUAGAACACAUAUUCAAGAAACAUGAAAUCAUUCCAGAUCUACUCGACGAGGCUCCACAGUAUGAGUUUAAAUUUCGAUGGGUUGGACAGAUUUGGCCCGAUUUCGGCACAAAACAUCAUCCAGAGGAACUGAAAUUUACUCCAUUUGCUUUCAAAUUUCCGGCCAUACCAAACGUACUAUAUUCAUUUUUCAUGUUUGACUUAGAUUCGCCGUCGAGGAAAAAUGCAACGAAGAGAUCAUACAUUCAUUGGGGCUUGGCUAAUAUGCUUAAGUAUAAUAUUUUACUAUGUGAAACUUUAGCAAAAUAUGUUGGACCGUUCCCGGAAAAAGGAACAGGUCCGCAUAGAUAUGUUUUCCUAAUUUACAAGCAACCAUUUUCACCACACGCGAACUUCACAGUACACUAUACAGAGCCAAGAAUGCCGCAGCCGGACAGAGAUGACCCACAGCGUGCAAACUGGGAUUUACGCAAAAUCGUGAAAAAGUAUAAGUUGGAGGGACCUGUGGCCGGUAAUUUUCUUUACAGCGAAUGGGCGCCACCAUUAGAAGAAUAUCCAUGAUCGUUAUAGAUGUCCGAUGACGAGACUCAUAAAAAAGUGAUUUCAUGACAUAAAAGUUACUUAUACAUAUAAUUGGCAACCGCAUCACUUCUAGCGGACGAUUUAUUGCAAAUUAUACCUCGAUCAAAAAACUCCUGAAACCUCAAACAUUGAACUUUUAUACACAUGUAACCAGCUCAAUGCGAUUCAGUGGUGCAGUACACUCAUGCAGUUUACUUUCCACCUCAUUAUAACCGCUUCAAAAUAAUUAAUUUGUAUUUUGGUCUCUAACAAUGAGAUAUCAAAAACACGAGAAAUAAAGCUGGUCAUUAUUCCUCCGA